GGAUUUUGCGUGGGAGGUAAGCGUGGCAAUACCAUAAUCAUCCAAAUAAGCAGAUGAGUGGCCUCAAGAUCUGUUUCACCUUGCAAAGAGAGCAGUUGAACAUGGAAAACUGAGUCCUUCAUAAGCUUAAGAACCUAACCAUGGCGUUAGCGUUCGGUUCAGUAACUCCUAAUUCCAACAACACUUUCUAUCUCACUCUCACUCUUCCAAAAUCACCACCUCGCAACCUCAUCAACAAUCACCGUAAUUUUUUCAGUGGCAACAAAGGUGUCAGCUAUGGUCACAAUCUGUUCUAUACAGACCCAAGAACUAGAAGAGCUUCCCUUGCCACUAUUCUCUGUUCUGCUUCCAAUAAGCCAUCACCAUCUUCCUCUGAAAUUAGCUCUACAGCCAGGAUAAGGACCGAGGUUCUCUCUCCCUUUCGGUCUCUUAGGAUGUUCUUUUAUGUUGCUUUUAUUGCAAGUGCUUCUUUGGGGGCAUUCAUAGCAGCCACACAACUAAUCGGUGCACUGGCCAAUUCAUCAAGAGCAUCUCAAGUCCCUGAAAUUCUGAAAGGCCUUGGCAUUGACAUUGGAGCUGUAUCUAUAUUUGCUUUCUUGUACUUCAGAGAUAACAAAGCAAAGAAUGCACAAGAGGCUCGGCUCUCAAGAGAGGAAUUCUUAUCAAACCUUAAGCUCCGUGUGGAUGAGAAGAAGAUCAUUCCCGUUAGCUCAUUGAGAGGGAUUGCUCGUCUUGUCAUCUGUGCUGGCCCGGAAUCCUUCAUAACAGAGUCUUUCAAGCGCAGUGAACCUUUCACAGAAGGUCUUAUGGACAGAGGGGUGCUUGUUGUGCCCUUUGUAACAGAUGGAAAUUCACCUGAUUUGGAGUUUGAGGAAACUGAGGAGAUGAAGCAGCUUGCCACAAGAAGGAAGAGACUCUGGCAGCUGACUCCAGUUUAUAUCACUGAGUGGUCCAACUGGCUAGAUGAACAAAAGAAGUUGGCGGGUGUGUCCUCUGAGUCUCCAGUGUAUCUAUCUCUACGUCUGGAUGGUCGUGUUCGUGGCAGUGGUGUUGGUUAUCCUCCUUGGAAUGCUUUCGUUGCUCAAUUACCACCAGUAAAGGGAAUGUGGACUGGACUACUAGAUGGUUUUGAUGGUAGAGUUUAGAAGAAGUGUUAUCUGCUUGUGAAGGCUGAUCUCUCAUAAGUCAUAACCUCUUCCAAAUAAUAGUGCAGCUCUUUGUUUCUUCUUUUUCUAGUUUUGUUUCCCGACUGGUCAUUCCAUUACAGUUUUAUGAUUUAACCUUUGUAUAUUUUUUGGCUCUGUUAUCUUUUGAAUUGUUUCUAAAUUCUAAAGGGAUGUUUAGAAAUGUUUAUAUAGUGGCUAUUGGCUUGGCUCCCA